AUGUUGCCAACCACUUUAGGGGCCAGGGGAGCCAUUGGAAGACCAUGGUUGGAAUUGAUGCUGCUGCGAGUUCCAGCCCCAACCUUAGUGGCCGCGACCACCACUACCACUGUUGCGCCUAUGUCCAAUGCCACGAUUAGAAGAGCUACCACGGUGAGAGAAAAAUGGUUGAGACUGAGUGGCUAUGAGAGCCGUGGACUUGCUAGUGUGAACGAGAUCAGUGCAAAUAGUCUGAGCUUUAUAGGAAAGCAAUCGAGCACGCAGGUCAGCAAAAUCAGGAAGAUGAGGAAAAUUUAG